CUCUUGAUUCUCUACUUAAUUCUCUGCUUGAUCUCGUACAGGUUCUGCUACAUGGACCCUAUACGAGGCACGUGCAACGACCCUAACUACGUCAGACCAGCUGAUAACGAGGUGACCCUUGGGAUCUCCAGACGCAAUGCCACUGUUAUUGCUGCUGAUCGUGCUGGUGCUCGUGGUGCUGCUGCUGGUGGUGCUGCUGCUCGUGGUGUUACGCUCACUGCUCGUCAGCACCCCACUAACACACUUCGCACACGUUCCACUGCUGCUCUUCACGCGGUUGGCCAUUCCGCUGUGACUGAUGCUGCUUCUGCUUCAGAUAGCAAUCGCCUCCUUGCUUCCCCUGGAGCACCUGACAGGAGUGCUGCAGCUAGAGCCACCGCAACCGGAGCAGGAGCAGGAACAGGAGCAGGAGCAGGAGCAGCAGGAUCAGGAGCAGGAGCAGCAGGAGGAAGAACACAAGCAGGAGCAGGAGCAGGAGCAGGCGGAAAAACAGGAGCAGGAGCAGCAGGACCAGGAGCAGCAGCAGGAGGGGUCGGAAAUGCGCUUAAGAUCAAGCCACCAGUGGCGGGGAAACAGAGAGCGUUGUCACCUGCAGCAGCGGAUAGGAUCAGAGGAGUGGCUGAGACCACGAGAUUGAGCGAUGCCAAGAGAGUGAGUGAGGAGAAGAGAGUGGGUGAGGGAGGAGAGGAGGUGAGGAGAGAAGUGGGCACGGUCCAGUUGCUGGUCCAAGCAGACCAAGAGCGACGGAAGCAGGUGGAGAAAUGGGAGCAGGACGAGCAGGAAGAGCAGGUGGGGAGAGAGGAGAAGCCGGGGAGCGGGGAAGAGGCGAGGAAAAGAAAGAUGAUAGAGGAAGGGGGUUUCCAUAGAGGAACGCAAAUACGGGUAAAGGAGGAGCCGAGGGAUCAUGGCGGGCUGGAGUUAGGAGUGGAGAGAAGGGAAAACAGGGCAGGAGUAGAGAGAAGGGAUCAUAGAGAAACAGGUAGAGACAUAGAGAGGAGGGAGCAUGCGGGAACAGGGGUAAGGGGGGGUCAAGGAGUAGGAGUAGGAGGAGGAGCAGUAGAGAGACGGAGCAACACACGGCCUUCAGCACUGGCACAAGGUAGCAGUAGAGGGCCCUCAGCACCAGCACAGAAUGACAGCAGAGGGAAGGCUGUGCUGGUGAAGCAGGAGGCAGAGGAAGAGAGGGGCGUUGCGGGGCAUAGCGCUGGAGGCAGAGGAGGUAUGGGAGCAGCAGCAGGGAGAGCAGCAGGGAGUGGAGCAGGGUUGUCGUUCCGCCGUGCUUCUGCUGUAUGCCCCUCUGGUCGUCUUGGACCCGUUGCUACUGGUCCUCCAUCUGCUUGUGCAGCAGCAGCUGCUGCUGCUCCUGGUUCUGCGGCUGCUGCAGGGGCGGUGGAUGAGAGGGAGGAGGGAGAGGAGGUGGACAGCAGUGCCAGCAGUGGGGAGAGUGAGGAGGAUGUGGUGAUGUGGCACCACAGGCCGGCCAAGAGACGUGCCAUCAUGGAUGAUGAUGACGAUGAGCUUGAGGACGGAGAAGUGUAGCUUUAGCACUAAGGGCUAUGGUUUGCAUGAGUGAAUGUCAAAGCUUGAGUUGUGUCAUUAGUAGCAGAAUGAGUUGAGUGUUUUUUAUGGUGAAAGUUGGUUUGUCUUUUGAUUAGUUGAAGGAAUCAUAGCAUUGAAGUAUGUUCCUGCAGAAGCAGUGAACGGCGGAGUGGGCUAAAAGAAUACCAGAACAAUCAGGAACAUCCUAUUAU